GAUUUUCAUGACACCGCAAGUUUACUUUAAUCUAAUACUUUCUGCAUAUUUCCUGUAAUAAGGGGACGAAACAGAUGAUACAAAGACGGAGGAUGAGAGAGAGGGGUGUAGACAAGGCAGCUUAGCAGACAAGGGGGCAGAGGAAGAAGAAACGGGUUCUUAAGAAGAAGCCAAAAUCUGAGGAAAUUGCAAAAACAGGAAACAACAGAAAAGGAGUGAAGGUGUUUUCAAAGAAAGAAGAAGACUUUAGAAGUUCCAGUAAAAAAAAACCUCAAGAAUUAGAAGGAUGGUGGAACCUUGUGAAGACCCAGUAGAUCUAGAGUCCAACACUCCAGAGCCUUCUCCUAUGGGAUCUUAUCAAUGGAAGAAGGGUCAAAAACGCAGUAUGUGGGAUCGACUUCAAAGGUGGAAGUCUUCUCGUGGAUCCCAGAACAAGGAAUCACAGAAAAAGCAGAAUCUAUUUAAGAAGAAAAAGUCUUCCAAAGAGUCUAACACUGGAGGCAUUGUGCAUUAUCUGCGCUCAGUGUCACUGCACCAGAAAAGAGGGAAUAAAGAGGUGGUUGAACCAGUUGAGGUUCUAGAAGAGCUACCACCUAUAUCUAUUCCUACCACAACACCUCAAGUUCCUGUCUGGGAUGUAUCAAGCUGCUCCCUUGUGGAUGGACGUAUUCUGCUGUCCAAAGGAGAGGAACAGGAUGCUUUUCGUACCCGAAGCCGAGCAGGGAGUUGUGUGUCCAACAAUGAACUAGCACAGAUAGACAAGCUAGACACAGCUACAGAUGCUGAUCCUGUUGGAAAUGUAGAAACAGAAGCAAAGAAUCAACAUAAUAAUGUGAAGGGAUUAAUUUUGAAGAGGAAAAAAAAGAAGCAAAGAAAUAAGACGGGGACAAUACCCCUACAACUGGAUGAUAGGAGCCUGCAUGCAUCACAUGAGUCGCUGGGUUGUGUGGAAAUUCUGAAUCUGGAUAAUGAGAAAGAUGUCACCAUAAAGGCUCUGCACAGCAGUAUACUUGGGGAGCAGUUCUGCUUUGAGGUCAUCACAGCCUCUGGAAGCCAUUGCUUUGGAUGUUCUUCAGUUCAAGAGCGAGAUCGAUGGAUUGACAUUCUCCGCAGAACUGUGCAACCAGACAAGGAUAAUUGUGAACGUGAAGACUCUUCUCUCAGUCUCUGGAUCCAUGAAGCCAAGGGUCUUCCCCAUUCAGGUCUUGGUUCUCGCUCCCGGUAUUUUUGUGAAGUCCAUUUAGAUGGUUGCCUUUAUGGACGGACCUCAAGUAAGGCAGCUGAAGCGGGAGUAGUAUUUUGGGGAGAGAACUUUAACAUGAGAGAUUUGCCAUUCGCAUCAGGCCAUGUUGCUCUUCAUUUUCUUCGAGAGGGCAAAGAAGCCACUGGGGUAGGAACUGUUACACUGGCAUUGGAAGGAAUGAAGGAUGCAGUGGAGAGGUGGGUGCCCCUUGGUGGUGAUUUAACACUGAGAGUACGGGGCAGGUACAGGAAGAUUUGUGUUCUUCCACUGGUUCAGUAUAAAGAGUUUGCGGAGUAUCUAACCUGGAGAUAUCUCAAACUGAGCGGAGCAAUGGAGCCUAUUCUGAGUGCUCGAGAAAAAGAAGAUCUGGGGAGGUCACUGAUAUAUAUUCUGCAGAGCACUGGCCAAGCCAAGGAGUUCCUUGUGGAUCUUGGUGUAGCUGAGAUUUCCCGUCAUGAUGUCCAAGACUCAGUAAUAUUCCGUGAAAACACUAUUCUCACAAAGGCUAUUGAAGAGUAUAUGAAAAUGGUGGGACAAACAUAUCUUCAUGAGACCCUUGGCCCGUUUAUAACACGCAUAUACGCUUCAAUGGAGAGCCAUGAGGUCGACCCACAGAGAUGUUCACCAGAAGAGCUCCAUGAGAAUAAAGAACAUUUAUGGAGGAGCUGUGAAGAAGUUAUGGAGAGCAUUACGCAGUCGCAAAAGGAUUUUCCGCCGGAUCUCCUGGCAGUGUUUUCCAGCUGGCAAGAAAAAGUUGUCAUGCGAGGAAGGCCAGAAUUGGGUUUCCGACUGGUCAGUGCCUGCCUGUUCUUGCGUUUCCUGUGUCCAGCUAUCCUUUCCCCAGGACUAUUUCACCUCUCACCUGAACAUCCUCAUCCUCUUGCUGCUCGUGCCUUGACCCUGGUGGCCAAAGUUUUACAGAAUCUGGCUAAUUUCACAAGGUUUGGAGAGAAGGAGGACUACAUGUCUUUUAUGAAUGGCUUCCUGGAGCAGCACUGGGAUGAGAUGUCUCUCUUCCUGCAAACAGUAACAGAUCCCGACAGUGAGGUUGCGGUGACGGGUUAUGAGGGCAGCGUUGAUCUGGCUUAUGAACUUUCUACCCUUCAUUAUAUGCUGUGCGGGAUAUUCACUGGCAUCCACCAGCAAACGAAAGACGAUUUGGAGCCUUUGCCCACAAUCCUCAAAGCCUUAGCUGAGGGUUUGCCUGUCCCUGAAUGCAUCACCCAGGAUCAGAGUCAGGAAGAAAGUGAAGAACCUGAAUACAUAUUACCAAAAGACAUGCGCCAUUUCCGCCCACUUGUAAAAAAGAGCCAGUCUCUGAGCAGCCUAAUCAAGGAAAGACUGCUUCCACCUCCAAAGAUGGAGGAAAGAGAGAAAAAGAGCAGACGCCAUGUUACACGAACGCAGAGUGUGCCGGCCCAGACCAGGCCGGGUCGUGAACGCAGGACCAGAAAUAAUGUUUCUUCUGUGGCUGAGAAAGAAGAACCGGAGGACGGAACUGCAAAUGUAAUGAAGCCAACACGACCAAGGCAAUCAUCUACUCUACCCAGACGGAAGUCAACUGUACCAUGGUGCAGGAAUGAGGAGCGACCCUUUGUAAAGCAAAAUAUAGAAGUAGAAGACAGCCAGGAGCCAGACCUACAGGAGAUGAAGGGACAAAUAGCAGAAAACCAGAACAAACAAAAGGAUCUGGAGGGAAUGAUGAUCAAAAUGAAGGAGAAAAUGCAGGAAGCUCUAGACCAGUUGGCCAAAGUGGAGGAAAUGCAUAAGGCAUUACAAGCCGAGAUGACAAACCAGAUGACACAAAUGCAAAGCAGGAUGGAUUCUUUACAGAAGGAAUGUGCCGAAGAGAAGAUACAAAGAGAGAAGAAUGAAGAAAAGAUUGCAAUACUGGAGAGACGUCUGUCAACUCUAGAGAAGGCAUCCAGAAACGCCAAACAAGAUCACAAUGAGCAUAAGCAUAGCACAGAAAAUGCCUUAGAGGACACCUCCAUAACUAAUGAUAUGGAUGGAAUUGGAAGUUCUGACACUGACUAGUCCGCUCACCUAUUUAGGGUUUGCCAUCUUGACACAAAUGGUUCAGUGUUUUCGUUCAAGUCAAGUUCAAGUUGCCUUUUGUACAGCGCAUAUCAGAAAAGAUCAAGUUUGUGAGCAAAAUGUCAACGGUAUUUAUAAUAUAUAGUCAUAUAUAACCAUUCAAAAGACUAUAAGAGAUGGAAGGUAAAUAAAUUACACGGAGUUGGGAUCUUAAAAUGACAAUUCACUCAUCUUUACUGUGAUCUGUAGCCUUGUCUGGGCUUCUAUAGAUGGGUUGCAGAUCUGUCUUUUAAGCAUGAAAGAUUUUUCAACUACAGCAACCAGCAGAAAACAAUUUAUAAAUCAACUUUUCAACAGA